AUGGGCGCAUGUGGAGCUACGGUACCUUUAAGAGAAGUCGAGAACGAAGUUGAGUAUGGUACGAAUGGAAAAGGAAAAAUUUACAGUACUAUUUAAGACACGAUCUACAACACUAACUUCUCCCAGCCAAUGGAGCUUGGCGUGAUGGAUAAAGGGAUUCUUUGCUAUAUAUGGCCAAAAGAAUAUCACAAUAUAAACACAAAAAGACAUGGAAAAAUGGAUCAUCAACAAACAAGAGAGGAGAUCAACAUGACACCUAUACCCAACAUGAAUGAUCAAGGUAUGCCGUAUGCACGUCAAUUAGCCUUCUAGAAUGCACAUUGCCACCCGUUGAUAACGGAGAAUGGUUGAUCAAUGGCCUCAAGGCCUUACCAGGGACUUCGGCGUCACUGUUUUGCAUCCCCGGCUUCACUCCAAGCAAUAUCUCCACUGUUAUUGUGUGUCAAGAGACGUCACAAUGGGAACCUUUUCCGGCAGUUUGUAGCAGAAGGAAUUGUUCAAGGUUUGAUGAAGAACAACUAAAAGGAAAAAUACGAUAUAAUGUCCCCAUCGUUGCGUUAACACCAUUGGAUGAGGAUCAAUAUCCAAUAGGCAAGGAAAACAUAAAUUAUAGCUUAAAUUUUUUGCAUACUUUUAGGCACUAAAGCGACACUUCAGUGCAAAUCCGAGACCCAAAGCGUUGACGGAGUCGAUACAGUAAUCUGCGGUGAUCAAGGAUGGAUACCAAAUAGAUUAGGAGUUUGCGCCAAAGGUGGGUACGAACAAAAGUAAAAAUAUUCUAGUGUGCCCUCCGUUUGUUCUUAACCAUGGUCGUGUAAGAUACACAGACAUCCGAGGCUAUGAAAGAAAGGCCUACUCGAAUGGAACUGUCGCUACUGCCAUUUGUGAUUCUGGCACCCGACUUCAGGGAGUUGGAGCAGCCAGUUGUGAGAACGGGGAAUGGUCAAACGGCCAUCUUGGAUCUUGUGAACCAAUACGUAAGAAGAAGAUGCAUAAUAAAAACUGUUUAGAAUGUCUUCGAAUGGAUAACAUCAGAAAAGGAACUGUGCAAUAUAGUAAAACAAAGAAGAAUCUAAAAGAAUUUUCGGAGGGAGAUGUGGCCAAGUUGAUCUGUAAUAAUGGAACUCAACUGAAAGGAGCCAGUGAAAGUGUCUGCGAACCUGAUGGAGUUUGGAAACCGAAAUUGGGAACGUGUGAAUGA